UGGCGUAAGACGAUACAGUAAAAGGCUCCCAAGUGCAGUGCGUCAUUCGAAACUUUCGGGUGCUCGACAAUGCUCCCAUCUUUUCUCGUGCCUAUGCUGUGUCAUUUAUAUAUUGUUCGAAGAGGGGACACUAUAUUGCAUCUGACUCUGCUUCCGACCGGUACGUGCUUCUAUUGCUGCCCCAUCCAAUUGAAUCGGGACGUCCAAUUUCUAUUGUAUACCAGGCGGAAUCCAACGUAUCCGAAUGUAUUGGAUUUUAAUGAUGUCACAACGCUGCGAAAGAGUAACUUCAACGAUAAACACCCGACUAUUAUUUACAUACACGGAUACAGCGACAGUAGUUCAGGAAAAGGUCCCAUUAGUAUACGAAAUGCUUAUCUGCGUAGUGGGCACUAUAACGUGAUAUUGAUAAACUGGCCUAAACUGGCAGUCUUACCAUGGUACAUAACAGCAGUGAGAAAUGCCAAAGUUGUCGGACCUUACUUAGCGCACAUGAUAAGUUGGCUCGACGCACAGAAAGCUGUAUCUUUAUCCAAAAUUCAUGUGAUCGGCUUCAGUUUGGGCGCGGAAGUUGCUGGUUUUAUGGGAAAAGCUUUGGCACCUCGAAAGAUAGGUAGAAUUACUGGAUUGGACCCGGCUUAUCCAUUGUACAUGAAUACCGGUGAGGACGGUCACUUGACAUGGGCCGACGCUGUCUUCGUUGAUGUCAUUCAUACUGACGGCGGCAAUUUUGGAUUUCCAAAUCCACUUGGCCACGUCGAUUUUUACCCGAACGGUGGCGUGAGACGACAGCCCGGCUGUGAUUUGAAGAGCAUCGUUCGCAUGGGCUUCAGGAAACUCAUAAAUCAAUACAUUACCUGUGGACACAAUCGAGCGUGGCGUUAUUACGCGGAAUCAGUGGAGAACCCUUAUGGAUUUGCCGCGAGUCGAUGCCCAAAAUGGCGACCCGGGAUCUUGGCAAAUUGCGUGUGGAAACCUGAGGCUUACAUGGGUUACGCAGCCGAUACCAAGUAUCGGGGCAAAUUUUAUUUAAGCACGAAUUCACGAUCGCCGUACGCCAUGAAUUUGACAAGUCACAAACUUAGCAAAUGAACGUUACCAUACGUUAAUCUUAAUUUGGAUGAACCAGAUUAAGAGGCGAACGAUUUUCGAUCGCUUCUGCCAGGAUGAUUAUCUUGGAUAAAACUUGACAGUGGGAAAAUAUAAAAAAUAUUUUUUUGUAAUUCUUAUAUGUUUAAACGCGGGAAAGCUUCUGUAUUCCUGUUACUUCAGUAUUCUCUAUAAACGAUUCAUGACCUCAAUUAGUGUUACUUUUUCUUUGGAGAAUUACUAAAGUGACAUUGGAAGUUUUUUCUCCUUAAAAUAACAGAGUACGUGAUGGAACAUGGUUUGGUGUAGCAACAAUAUCGAAAAGUUCGAACUAAAUUGCGAUAAGUUGAAGGGAAAAUAACUAACUUGUGCUGACUAUUUUAAUGUCGAGCACUGUGAUCUCGUGCCAGAUAGCAGCACGUUGUUUACAACAUUUAUCGUUCUAACUUCUAACUCUAGCUUUAAUUGUCAAUGCUCUACGAGUAAACGUCACAUGACUAUAUAGUUAUACAUCUAUAAUUCAGAUGAAAUACGUGACCAAAUUUUGCAACAGCGGACUUGCUGAAUAUAUAAAUACUCACUUUUAUGACAAACGAUAUGUGGAAAAAACGAAUU